AUGGAGCCGCGGCUGUUCCGGAGGAAUGCGGAGCGAUUCCGGGAUAGCCGGGCCGCCCCCGGAGCGUUCCCGGGGCGGUUCUGGGUGAGCCGGGCCGCUGUCGGAGCGGUUCCGGAGCGGUUCUGGGUGAGCCGGACCGCUCUCGGAGCGGUUCCGGAGCGGUUCUGGGUGAGCCGGGCCGCGGUCGGAGCGUUCCCGGGGCGGUUCUGGGUGAGCCGGGCCGCGGUCGGAGCGUUCCCGGGGCGGUUCUGGGUGAGCCGGGCCGCUCUCGGAGCGGUCCCGGAGCAGCGGCGAUCUCCGGCCCAGCCGGACGCGGAUCCACCACUAACGGGAAGUGACGCCACUCCAGCCGCCCCGCCCUCCUCCCCACCAAUCCGGCUCCGCCGCCGCCACCGGUCCCGCCCCCUCCGUUCCUUUCCGCCAAUCCCCGGCACCAACCGCGCUUCAGCCGCGCCCACUAACGGAUCUCCACCAAUCCGCGCUUUCCCAAAUCCACGGAGGCUCCCCCCCCCCGACCGCCUCCCCUCCAUUUUCCCCGGUUUCUCCCAUUUUUCCCAAUUUCCCCGCAUUUUCCCCCAAACUCCGCUUUCCCCUUACGCCCAGCCAACAAGGAACGCAGCGCCGGCGACACGACCUCGAACCGUAGAGGCCGCGCUUCCCCCGGCCCCACGAACGGACGCAAAAUCGCUGGAAAAUCGGCGUUUUCAAAACUCAUUUUUAAUUUAUUUUGCCCCCGGCAACUUCCAGGGAAGCUCCGGAGCUCCUGUGCGGGAGCGUCGGAUCCCUUCAGAGCUCAUCUCUGGCCUUCUCCAGCUCCGCUUGUGCCCGCCGAGCUCUGUCCCGGUGCAACUCCGCCAGCAGCUGCCCCUGUGCCACCUGGAACUGCCACACCUGGGGGACGGGGGUCACCCCCUUGCACCCUCCCGGCUUGUGGAACCUCGUCCCCCCGUCACCUGUGUCCUUCUCACCUGCGAGAUGUGGGCGAGGUGCUUGAGGGCGAUGGCCACUGGGCUCUUGAAGAAAGCCUUCUCCUCUGGGCGCAUCUGUUGGGCGUGGGGGCGUCAAAAGGACGGGAAGAAGCCCUCGCACAGGAUGUGGCCACAGGUAGUGAUGGCGAAGCGGGCGCCAUCCUGGCGGAAGCAGAGAGAGCAAUGGAACCAGUCCAUGGCGGGCCUGGGGUGAGGAGCCGCCUCUGAUGCCUCCACACGUGAGAGCCUGGCAGGGAGUGAGGGGGAAAGGUGAAGGGAAAAGGGUGGGAAAAGGUGAGAGGAAAAAAGGGAUGGAAAUGUGAGGGAAG